AAGUACGUCCCCCGUGAAAACGGCAGCCCGCUUCCCCUGCUUCCUGGUAGUGGUAGUGGUGAUGGUGUUGGCGUUGGUGUUGGUGUGGUGCGCUGGUUGCCGGUUGGCUGAGCUGGACAAGAUGAGCGUGUGGCGUGUGCACAUGGAGCGACGAGGAGCAGAGAGUGAAAAGAGGCAGUGACACGGAUCUUGGCUGGCGAUGCUGGCUCGCUCUUGUGGCGAGUGCAUACGCUCCAAUCUGCCGUUGCCACCGCGCACGGUAGCUAGCUCCUCUUCUUCCUCUUCUCCUCUUGUCUCCAGAGUUGGGUGACCUCCAGUUCGAGCAACACGCACAUCUUGUCGCAGCUCGAUCAUCACGCACACGUGGUGCUUUUGCGGUUCAUCCCGUAGCACCUUGCCAAUUUGGCAUCAGCUCGGGGAUUACUUGACCGAGUUAUGCAACCAGCGUACCAUUCCAUAUACACCUUGCUCCUACUUUGCUGUCUUCGUUGUCGGCCACCCGGAUGUUGACCGCUUACUCACUUCCCAUUUUCAUCAUCUUUUUUUUUCUCUCAGCAUGCGGUACGUCGCGGCUUACCUUCUGGCUGCCCUCGGUGGCAACGCCAAGCCCUCUGCGGCCGAUCUCAAGAAGAUCUUCGAGUCUGUCGGUGUCAGCGUCGAUGAUGAGCAGCUCAACACUGUCAUCUCCCAGCUGGCUGACAAGGAGCUCGAGGAGCUGAUCGCCGAGGGCCAGGAGAAGCUUGCUUCCGUCCCCUCUGGUGGCGCCGCCGCCCCCGCUGCUGCCGCUGCCGGUGGUGCUGGUGAGGCCAAGGCCGAGGAGAAGGCCCCCGAACCCGAGGAGUCUGAGGAUGAGGACAUGGAUGGUUUCUCCCUCUUCGAUUAAAUUCGAUGAAACCCGCCCGUGUUCUUGUAAUGCCUGUAUCCGAAAGCAAACGCUCUCCAGCAAGGCGUCUUUUUGGUUUCUAGCAUCACGCGGUCUGCCCAGCGUGCGACGGUCGUAAUGCACUGAAUUGACAACUUGAUGGCGACA